AUGUACAAAGGGAUUGACAACCUGAAAUCCCUUUACGACCGUGCCGGGAAGACUUUCUCCAGCGGUCCUUCUGCGGCACAGGAUGUGCCGCGUCGUACUGCUCAACCAGACCCAGCACGUCGAUCAUCAGUUGGGAGCGGGGCUCCCAAGAAUCCCAGGACGGGGGAUAGCCGCGCCACCGGACGAGGUAACUCGUCCGACGUCCGUUCACGUCGCGGUGGUUCAACAGCUGCUCAACUAGAUGGCGCUGGCCACCGCGAGAGUCCUCUAAUGGAGGUGGAGGAGGAGGAAAGACGCUCUCCUCACGAUCAUGGGGAUCGGUGUGUUCCCGAGAGCUUCUUUGAUCGCGUAACGCAAGGGUUACGCGACGAUCUCGAACAUGAGCGGAAUAGGCGUCUCCAAAUGGCGGACACUGCCUCGAAGCAUCGAGCUGAGUUUGCCUUUGCUCAGCUUGAGAACGAGAGAUCUCUGACAUCUCUUCGUGACGAGCUAAGGGUAGCUCGUGGGAUUGUUGAUCGGUCUCGGGAUGAGAUAGCUGCUCUUCAGACCCUUGUUGAUGCCCACCAUCGGGAGCACAAGGCUCUCUGCGAUAUGCUUGAGUGCAAGGGCGUUCUUCAUCGGAAGAAGCAUCGUACUGAUGGUACGGCUUAA